AUGAGAUAUUUAUUUGAGUCAUGAACAGUUCCAGGGCAGCUAUUUAGUCAAAACGGCUUUCUGUUAAAUUUUGUAUUUGCAUUGUGAAAAUUAUGCAAGGUGUGGCUUCGAACAGGAGUCCUGUUCGGAGACCACACCCGCCUGCACCUGCUUGAGCUGAGUACAGACUGCUGAAGAACACAAAAGUGUAGGUUGCAAUUGCUGAGCGGGUCUGAUUGUACCAGACACUAGACAAGGAGAAUGAGCCUGCCAGACUACAAAUCACCGGGAAAACAAUCCACCACCAAUCUGCAGAACUCGCCCAUUAUAAACCUGAAUGUUGGAGGUCAGAUGUACUGCACGGCCCUGAGCACACUGAGAAAGUACCCCUCCUCCAAACUUGCAGAAAUGUUCAGCGGGCAGUCCUCACUGAAGACUGACGCAGAGGGGCGGUACUUCAUCGACCGGGAUGGGACCCACUUCAAACACAUCCUGGAGUUCCUUCGCAGUCAGCGCAUCCCCAGCGACAGUGGACAGGAGGUGUACAAGGAGGCCCUUUUCUACAACAUUGAACCCCUGGUCAAACAGCUGGAGGACUCGCCAGAAAGAUUCGGGGAGAUAGUCGGGAGGCAGCAGUUCCUGGCGCGGGUUCCCAACUACAGAGAGAACAUUGAGGUGAUCAUCAGAAUUGCCAGGGCAGAGGCAGUGGCCGCUCGCCAGUCCAGCGUGAUCGUGUGUGUUCUCAAGACCGAGGAGGACUCCACACGUUAUCACGAUGCUGUUAACAGCCUGGAUGGAGACAAAGAGUCAGUGGUGAGGUUCGGACCAUGGAAAGCCCCACCAGCUGUUUUAGAUUUGCUGGACUGUGUCAAAAUGGACAUUGAAGCCAGGGGCUAUAACAUAACAUACCAACCCCAUGUAACCGACAAAGGCUUCCGUUUCAAGUCGUACGAUUUCUUUUAUAAGUUUAUAUUCACCUGGUGGUAAUUGUAAAAUCUUAACCAUGUGCAAAAAACGUUUUUGUAUGUGCAGAAAAUGUUCAUUGACUCAGUGGAAAUUGUAUUUAAAAAGGAUUGCACAGUUGUGAUAUUCAGCCAAACACCAGGUGGUGCUAUGUGCUUAGUAAAAAAUAAUAAUAAUAAUAAUAAUUAAAAAAACAAAACAGUUUAAUCAAAGCUAAACAGUAUCAUCAGAAAGGGGAAGUGAUUUUUAGGCACUAUGUAUGGUAUUUAUAAAAGUCACAUGAGCACUAAACAUUUAUGUGUCCUAUAUACGGUGCUGUUUUUCACCAUUUUGAAAAUAAAAUAUGCAAAUCACACGCCGUGGGCCACAGUAAAAGGUGUGACAUGUGUGGGUUUUUUUUUUUUUUUUUUGUAAAAAAUGUAUUUCCUUUCCAAAGGCAAGACUAUUCUCAAUAUGCCCAGGCAUUAAGUUGCAUAUUGGAAAAUUACAAUAUGCUGCAAAAGUUGUGUUGCAUACAUGUACAGUACUGAUGUAAGGACAGGCAUUUAGGCCACAAUGAAGUACACUUUCAUUAUUUCAUGUUCUCAGAGGAAAGCUUUAAUUAUUUACAUACUCUGAAUUAUUAACCACCAUUUGUGUUUAAUACCCACGUGUAUAAUAAUAUAUGAUCACACUGUAUAUAUUUUUGCAUAUCUUUAUUGAUGACUAACAUAUGUUAUUGUUACAAAGAUUUUAUUAUAAAUGUUUAAUUUAGUGAAACUGUGUUUUGCAUUAAAUUAGGUGAUUCAGUGACAUGUUUAUUUUGGAUAGAAAUAUCCAUCUCUUACUUUUUUGUAUUAAUAUAUUUUAAUAGCAGAAGACAGGAGUUUGUUAUUGGAUAAAAUCACUGUUUGUGUAAGAAAUAAUGCAAUGUAAAUCAAAUUAUUAAAAAGAGAUGAGAAGUUCUAAUUAAUAAUAAUAAUAACAACUCUGUAAAACAAAAAUGAAAAAAGACUUGAUCUCCCCCCCAACUCCUGUAUAUGAACCCAACAUGGUGUUGCAUCCUUACAAUGAGUCUAUCCUGUUCAUUCAAAAUCUUUACUUUUACUAUCAUGAUAAAACACAGUAUAUCCAUGCAAGUGUAUUUC